AUGUCUUCGGACAGAAAGGAUGUCGCCAGUGUAUCGGGGUCCGAGGCGGCCUUGCCCGAUCCGCCUCCAAUCCAUCCCUCCUUCAUCCAGGUCGCCAAACCGUACAUGAAGGAGCAGACCAUCCAGAGAUGUAUCACGACCAUGGGCGUCGACCCUCUACGGGAGGAAUCACUCCGCCUGCAGGGCGUGACGUGGAUUGACAAUGUCCGCCGUGUACUUUGCCUACCCAUACGGACUUUCAACACGGCUGUCGUGUACUAUCACCGAUUUCGACUCGUUCGUCCAGACGAGUACCCCUACAUGGUAGCUAUGACCCUUUUUUUGCCAUCGGUCUCGCAACGAGAGCCUGACCAAAUCACGCAGGAUGCCGCAGCAGCUGCGCUGUUCACGGCCUGCAAGAUCGAGGACACGCUCAAGAAGUCCCGCGAGAUAGUGUGCGCCGCGUACAAUCUCAAACUCGCGCCGUCGGAGCACGUCUCGUCCGACAACCCGGUCUUUGAGACCCAUGCGCGCGGCAUCAUCGGACUGGAGAGACUCAUGCUUGAAGCGUCCGGCUUUGACUUCCGCACGCGUCACCCGCAGAAGACUCUGAUCAAACUUGCCCGGAAGUACGGGCUGGACCAGCAGUCGGAGGCCUCCAAAGUCGCCUAUCGCAUUGCUCAAGACCUCUACCGCACGUUCGCGCCGAUCAAGCAGACUACGUCCACAAUGGCAUUUGCGUGUCUAGAACUUGCCGGUCGUCUGCUGGACCAGCGUAUUGAGGCUGUCGACCAGGGACUGGAUUAUAAGGCCUGGAGGACGAGCCGGGAAGAAGUCAUGGAAAUGUACACGCAUAACCGAGGGUCCACGUCGGUUGGUCCUCGGUUCCCCUCAGACAGGUUCCUCAAGGUCAGGAUCCCUCUCAACCAAGAGGCAGAAGCCCAGAGUCUCCCUCGAUUCACCAACUGGGUCAACGAACGCGACACCAAACCCCCGAACGGUCUCAAGAUCAACAGCGGCAACAAGCAACCCGGUGCGACCGAAAAUGGCGACGCGCGGAUCCACCCACUGAUCCCCGUCGCCGCCAACGGAGAACGACCCAAGGCCGGCGAGAAAGUCGCGGUGCGUUUCAUGAUCGACCCCGAGUGUGCCGAUGGCGAAAAGUCGCAUGUUGCGAAGUACUUCAAGGUCGAGAUGGAGGAGUACGAGGUCGACGAAUGA